CUACCACAAGUGUAAACAAACUGCACGUGUGGCUGGCAGCGGGUACGAGGCGGUGAAAUGGAACAGUGACACGAAAAGGAUGUGUAGCACACUAGAAAUCGAGGAUCUCUCCUGGAAGUAUCUAUGCAUGUAUCCACUGAGAGACUUUAUGUGGGAGAAUUUCCAAAAGAUUCUUACCACAAUGGAUUAUGAUGAGUCACAAGUCUUCCAGCAACAAGUUCUUCAAGGCACAGCUAAUCACCCUGUGGCUCAGAAGUAUCCUCCAGCAAAGACUUACAUGCAGCUCUUCUUGAAAACCUUGAUUAAUCAGAUUGAAGACUGUAAUCAGGAGGUGCUUGAUGAUUUGUACAGCAUGUACACAGGACUCUUGUCUCAGGGAAACUUUCAGACCAGUGACUUUUGCUACAAGACUUAUAAGCAAAAGUCAGGAAGUAUAACACUAAAGGAGACUUGCAAACUUAUUUGUGAUGGAACAACAGGCAUGUGUACCUGGGAGGCUAGCCAUUUUCUAGCAGAAUGGUGUUCCAAGAAUACAAGUCAUUUUCAAGGAAAAAAAAUUCUUGAAUUGGGAGCUGGUUUGGGGCUGACAGGUUUGGCAGUUAUGAAGAACUGCAAGCCAGCAUCAUACACCUUUACAGAUGUCCAUGACUCUGUUUUAAAAGUCUUAGUUGAAAAUAUUGUAAUCAACCUGUUCAGUGAGGUUUCUCAGUCUUCUGGCGAAUAUGAUGCAGAUAAUAUGAAAAGUAUUGAGAGCUGGAGUAGGAACUUUGAGUCCAAAGACCAUGACACAGUGGUGCACAUCAAGAAGCUUGACUGGGAGAGUGACACAUAUGAAUCAGAUGUAGAUUUAGUUCUAGCUGCAGAUGUAGUAUAUGAUCCUGAUGUCAUAGUUCACUUCAUAAAAGUGCUGAAGGAUGUCCUCUGCAAAAAGCCUGGAGUAGCAGCAUAUGUUGCAAGUACAGUGAGAAAUCCAGACACUUAUGUUUUCUUCAGAAAUGAGUUAGCACGCAGUGGUCUUCUCGUCACGUCUGAAGUUCAGCAGCAGUACCGGGAUUCCCCAUCACAACAGGAGGUCUCUCUCUCUUUACUAUACAUAAAACCUGAGGUAUAAUGAUAACUGAAAGUUUGUCUUGUUAUUGUUGUCAUUGUUAUCAUCAUCUUCAUUUUCAUCAUCAUCACUAUUUCCGCACAAAGCAGAAUGGGGACUAGCUUCUAGUAGCAAAGAUUAGUCAGGAAAAAAGACCAUUCAAUAAUGAGCUGAAGGAAAAACCAUUGAUAUCUAUAUAAUACAAAACUAUAUAUACUUGGUAGAAUAAAUGUGUAGAUAUUCUUUUAUUUUGAGGGAAAAUACAAGCUCAGAAGGAAUUUUGGGAAGAUAGAGAAGUUGUUUUAAAUUUACCAACAUAGAUAAACAUAGAUAAGGUAGGAUUGAGACCACUCAGACCUCACACACCAGGAGAGCAAGGUCACACAGUCUCGGCUUACAUCCUGUAUCUACUUGCUGCUAGGUGAACAGGGGCUACACAUCAAGAUGCUCACCUAUUUGGUCCGCAGCACUUGGGCUUUCCCUGUUGUGAGCUGAGUGUGCUGACCUCUACACUAUAUGGUGUGUGUGUAUGUUUGAGAGAGAGAGAGAGAGAGAGAGAGAGAGAGAGAGAGAGAGAACUAAAAUCAAAAUUACUACCUUUUACUUACACAGCAGUGCCAACAUAAUCAAUAACUUUAUGGUCAUUAAGUUUAUAAAAUUCAUGCAUGCAUACAAAUAUUUAAGGGCUAUUCAAACAAUGGCAGAUAGGAAAAGGCAAAAUUGUGCCAUUUAUUUCAAUCCCUCCCAGUUUCCACAAUAAAUUCAUCAUAAGUACCUUAGUUUCACAAGAGACUGACUAGACCAGCUGCUGCUUUCUUGAAAAUAUACAUGAAAUUGAAUGCUACAGAAGAUUUUUCAUGGACUAUUUCAGUAUUGACUGUGCACUUUGUUACAUGAUUGACUCUUGUCCAUCAUGGGAGGCUUGUUUUCCCAUGGGUGAAGGUGCCGUCUUCAAGUGGUGCACCAAAAGUGGACAGCAUCGUAAUCCCACAGGUUCACUCCCUCUUUAUACACAAUGAGUAUGAAACGACACCUGCAUAUCCAUUGCACUGUUGCUUUGUAUGUGGUCUGGUGUUGAAAAAUGUAUAUAAAGAGUAUAGUAUGGUCUUUGGGUGAAGAAAACCCAUAAUAUUCCCACUAUUAAUGCAUGUUUGAUACCAAUUUCUUACUGAUGAUUAAAUGCAGUAAGCUAAAUAUGAGGUGUGAAUUAGAGAAAAAAAGGAAAAAAAAAAGGACAUAUAAUACUGGUUAAAUAUUGCCUUAUUACCUCAAUGGGUCAGUGUCUAUUUAUAGAGUAAUAUAGUUGUUUUUUGUUUUCAUUAUUUUGUUACUCAUGUGUUCUUUCUCCUUUGGUUGUCUUAAAAUAAUGACUAUAUUUAUUUGUACUAAUCCAUCAAAAGUUUAUGAUGUGUUUCUACACCACAUUCUCCUAAAAGUUGAAGCUCCAUCUGAAUUUUUCAUUCUAACAUUAUGAGACAAAUGCAGUUUUAUCUGUGGAAGCCAUCAGAAUACUUCUUAUCCUUGAAAAAUAAAGAUGUACUCUGUUUUUAAAGAUACACAAGAUGCAUAGCUAAUACAGCAAAACAUGAAUCAUUUUAAUGUUAUAAUUUAGGACAAGACAAAAUGAUCAUUUCAUAUUGUAGUGCAAAGCAUUUUACUGCCCUGUGUACCAGACCAGUCUUUAUGAAUGCAUCCAGUUAAGUAGCUUUAUGUAUAUGUGUGACAGUCUGUGUGUUAGAAAGAGAGAGAGAGAGAGAGAGAGAGAGAGAGAGAGAGAGAGAGAGAGAGAGAGAGAGAGCUUGUGUUUUGUAUGGGUUAUGGUACUGCAAAAACAAAAGUUUUGUGGCUCUAAGUAUAGUUCCCACAUCUCUUACUGAGAAACUGCCAUGAGCCAGGACUGAACUUGCAACCCUUCAUCUGCAAAUCAAGUGCUGUACCACAUUGUGUGAGAGAGAGAGAGAGAGAGAGAGAGAGAGAGAGAGAGAGAGAGAGAGAGAGAGAGAGAGAGAGAGAGAGAGAGAGAGAGUUCUAAUUCUGUAUACAUGUGUUGAAAGUUUUGACAUCUGGUUUUUGAACAGUGUUAUCAUACCUCAUGCUAAAAUAUUGCAAAACACAAAGUCUGUCAUUAGCAUAUAGUUUUAUAGCACAGUGAUUUUAUACAUUGCCUUUAAUAACAUGUAGUAUAAUUUCUUUUCAUUUGUGGUUACCAAAUGCAGGGUUCUUAAGUUUCAUCUAGUGUUAAUGGUGCUUCUACUACUAAAAAUUUCUCUACAGCUAUGUUCACUCAUAUAAUAAGUAAUAUUUACGAUCAUUAAGAAAUUAUCAUAAAAAUUUCUCACCAACGCAUCCACACAUCAUUUAUUCAAGAGACAAAUGUACAGUUUUGUCUCAGUUCCUCUCAGCAAACCAGUUAGUCAGAAUCAUCAUUCACACCAUGUACUCAUGCUUCUUAAUGCCAUCUAUGUAUUUAAUUCUUUCCACAUUUAUGUAUUCUUCUAUUCAUUUAAUAUGAACUCUUUACAUUACUUUGUUUUGUUAUUUCCAUACUGGAAUUUUUUUUAAUGCACUGAUGAAAGCA